GGAUCAUCUUACAAUUCGCCACUUCAGUCGAGCUUGAGUUCUGGAUACAGCUCUGGAGGAUCUCUGGGAGGAUAUUCUUUAGGCCACUCUGCAGGUGUUCAAAGUCUACAAGGUUUGGGAGGUUCCCUAGGACACGGUUCUUCGGGAUACUCCUUAGGAUCAUCCGGAGGUCUCAGCUUGGGUUCUGGUCUUGGCCAUGGAUUGAGCCUUCAAGGACUGUCUUUGGGAGGAGGAGGAGGAGGUGGACAUCUUUCCCAAGCUUCGUACUCGGCACCCAGCAUGACUAGUUACUCCGCCGGAGGUGGUGGUAGUGGAGGAAUCGCCUUGUUCACCCCUGCAGCGAAAAAUGGACCAGUCACUUUUGGAGCGGGUGGCGCCUCCGCAGGUAGCUCAGGAGCUAGCUACUCAGCCCCAUCUUACGCAUCAGGAGCCCAAGGACUGUCAGCCUACGGUGGAGGAUCGUCAGGAGGCAUCAGUCUGCAAUCAAUGCUGGGAUCAUCGCAUGGAUCCUCGUAUAGCCUUCCAUCCGCAUCUUUAGCCUCGCUAGGAGGAUCCUCGGGACUCUCUGUACAAUACUCUCCAAGCUCGUCUCAUUCCGUCAGCGGAGGCUUAGUGAUAGAUUCAUCGUCGCUGGGUAAAGGUUCCUCUGGCUCUUCCCUCGGUAGCAGUGGGUCCAGUAGCUACACAAUCCCGGUAGCUUCGGGAUCUCACGGGUUAUCUAGUUUGUCUAGUUCCGGCGGAUCAGCGAGCUACUCGUUGCCGGUAUCUUCUGCAUCCUCGGGCAGCCAUGUCAGUUUCUCUGGUGGCUCCGAUGGGUCCAGUUACUCUCUUCCCUCUUCUUCCGGUUCGUCUUCAUAUUCUUCCGGAUCCAGCCCCAGCUAUUCGAGCCCAAGCGUCACUUACUCUGCUCCUAGUUCCGGCUACUCUUCUUACAGUGGUUCUUCCAGCUAUCCAAGCCAAACCGUUACCUACGCUACUGGCGGCUCAAGCGGGGGCUAUUCCGGUCCUACGGUAACCUACUCCGGCCCCGCAUCUAGUUACUCCAGUCCUUUAGCCAGUUAUUCUGGCUCAGGAUCCAGUUACUCCAGUCCUAGCUCGAGUUACUCUGGCUCUUCCAGCAGCUAUUCUGCCGGUUAUUCGGCGCCAUCCACAUCUUAUUCCAGCCCAGCAGAGUCUCAAGGAUCCUACUCGAAUUUGAGUCCCAGAUACGUUGGUUACUCCGCGGCGAAAAGCUACGAAGGUUUGAGUUCUACCGGGAACAAAUACGACACGAUUUCCUAUUCGAGUCCCAGUGCGAAAUAUUGA